UGAUGAGUAAGCAGCGGCACAAUUAGUUCUCACCACCAUCCUCUUGGCUUCGUUUGUCCUUCCUUCCCUUGGUCUUUGACCAUAGCAGAGACCAUCAAAGGAUACUAGAAGAAUCAUCUAUGCUGUCUCUUAGUAGUCCUUUUCGCUGGCACAUAUGGUCGUCGCUCUGGGGUUUUAUCUCUAAAUUCAUUAGGAGCAUUUAUCUACCCCGUUACCGCGGCGCGACAGCAACACCAACUCUCAACGACGAUGCUGAACUUGGACGUACAAAAGCACAAUUCCAGCACAAUGCCAAAUCGCCCGAAGAGUCAAACUAUGUCGUUGCUGACCGCCCAACCGUCGAACAGUCUGGCAAUGAGAUAAUCUUGCACGUGAAGCAGCCGCCGAAAUGUAUAUCAAUUGGGUUUUCCGGAAUCAUCUGUGAAAUCGACGAAGAUACCAUUGUGAAACACCCGAAGGUCAUUCCGAAUAAUGAUCCAUACAAUCAGAUGUACCGCGAUAUGAUCAUUAACGAACGACUGGUCUACGAGCGUCUGGGGAGUCAUAAAGGGAUUAUUUCAUACUUGGGCGUCCACGACGAAGUAACCGGUGCGAUAAGGUUGGCAUAUGCAAAGGAAGGAGAUCUGGAAUGCUAUAUUCAAAGCCAUGACAAGCCAUCAGAAACAAUUCGCGCCACCUGGAUUCAAUUGCUAGUGGAGACUUUCUGGUAUAUCUACUCUCAAAAAGUUCUCCAUCAAGAUGUCAAGCCCAACAAUAUACUUGUUGAGAAUGGCACUUUGAAGGUUGUUGAUUUUGCCAACGCCACAAUGCAUGCAUUGGAUGCUGAUAUGGAAGAGGUCUGCGCGAAAGAUCCAUUGUCACGAGCUGAUAUACUUAGUCUUGGGUGUAUUAUUUAUUCUAUUGCAGCAUGGCGGGUCUUCUACUAUGAUUAUUUUGAACAUGAUUGCUGGCCCGAGCCAGAGAAUCUCCCUGCAACAAGCGGCCUAGUUUACGAUGAUAUCAUCAACAAAUGCUGGACAGAUAGCUAUGGCACUAUAAAAUCGCUGUAUGAAGACUGCAAUGCUUUUUCUGGCAUGAAGUGGUGAGAGGGGAGGACGAAUCAAUGUUGCUCAACAGUUGUUGAGGAUUUGCUGGCUACAGGUUGUUUACAUCAUGUAGAAAUAAGGUGCUUCCGAUGUUAUACUAUUAUCUUCUCAGUGGGCCCAGCUUUUAUCUCAAGAAUUCAUUUUAGCUUUGCCCACGUUCACAAUCACCGAACAAAACGUCUUCUACUAUCAUUCGAAUCCAUAAAUGUUGCCAGAAAGUUUCUAUGCUACAAGGCUAUAUCCCGCAAGACACUAAUACACUUCCUGAACUAUUACCCUUCUGAUUUUAACUUCUCACUCCUCCCAGUUGUAAUUGCCACGAGCCUAAUUCUAGAAUUAGUGUCAUUAAUAAAUAAAACCUAACACUCAAGUUAGACUUACAAACUAGGCACCCACAGUAACGCCUUGGGGUUGAGCAACGGAUGCGGAGCUCGAGCCUCCAGCUCCUGUUCCGUCACCAUCCUUUGGUCUAGUAGGAGGCUUUUUGUUGCAGCAAUUAGGGCAGACGUUUCGUUGUGCGUAACCACGGCUUUAAGCCUUGGUGGUAGUUGGUUCUGGAUUUGGACAUGGUGAACCUCUCUCAGUUGCGGGAUCACACACACCAGUGGAGAAUGGUGUUUCCUUCCGGCGCGGUGUGCCCACAGCUAGCUCCAAGUUUAUAACAAUAUGCAUGUGCAUCUAGAGAUAUACCGUGUGUGAGAGCAGCCUGAAUGGAAAUGAGUUUCCAUACGAGAGAAUGGAUACAAUUGAAGAUGGUUCUUUGGGGCUAUUUAUGUGCAUUUCUCAAUAGUGAGUAUUGCCUCGAGCUGCC